AUGUGCUCGCCUUCGCCGGCACCCGAGGAGGUGGUGUGGGCACAGACUGGGGCCGCGGGAGCCUCCUCAAGUACCCGGGAGAUUGCGGGGGCAGGUUGGGGUCCGCUGAAUUGGGACCCCAGCAUCUUCGACCAGGGGCACGAGAUCAUCGAGGGCAUCAAGCGGCAGCAGCUGGGGUUCGCCAGCUGCUACAACGGGGUGCGCCAACAGCUCGUGGCAGCCCAACGCCGGCUGGACGGCACGCGGGAGGAGGUCGAGGAGCGUCGGCAGGAGCGGGCACGCCUCCAGGAGGAGAUCCGGGUGGCGCAGCAAGUCCGGGCCGAGGCGUCCGAGCCCUUGGUUCCGGAAGCACACAUCCAGCACCAGCUACAGGACCUGCGCAUGGAGCACCAACAAGUGCUCGAGUCGUUGGAAGCGGCGUGCCUUCGAACCAAGGGGGAGCACCACGAAGCGCUAAGGGGCUUCCAGGAGCGCCUCGGCGAGAAGAGCGGGCUCAUCUCCAACUACUCCACCGAGAUCCAGCAGUUGCGCCAGCAACUCGGGGAGCAGGCCACGCUUGACGAGGAGAACUCGGAGAAAGAGGCAGAGAUCUCCAAGCUGAAGGACGAGCUCAGGGGUCAGAAGGCCGGGACCGAGCUCGCCCGCCGCAACCACACGAAGCUCGGGAGCCAGCGCCAGGAAAGCACGGCCCUGUUCCGCAGGUUGGCAGAGGUGGGGAACGAGUCGCUGUCAAAGUUGGGGGUACCCCCGGCAGCCAUCGACGGCAGCGACAUCCGCACCCUCAUCCCCUUCUUCACGGAGUUCAUGGGAAGGUGGAUGGCCACGGAGGACCGCAUCCGCAGCUUCGGGGACCGGCAAGUGAGCGUCGCAGCGUCUCAGGCUGCCAGCGCCAUCCUGCCGCGGGUCCCCCAGGCCUACCCGGAGUUCCCCUUCGAGACCAUCUUCAACGACUGGUCGUCGGAGGAGAACAAGGAGGAGCAUGCCAAUGCCGUCAGCCGCUUCGUCGAUGAGAUGGUCGCACAGAUGAUGGGGCAGGCUCAUGCUGGUGAAGAAGAGGAGGAGGUCACCACCGAGGAGACGCCCGCCGCCGAGACCACUACCCCGGAAGCACCCCCGUGUAGUCGUUCCUUGGACAGCGCUCCGACCGAAGCCGACAAGAGGGGGAGGACGGACACUGCACCCGCCACGCCAAGCAAGAAGCCGCACACCCGGGCCAGUGCCAGUGCCCGUCAGACCGGCACGGGGGCCAGCGGCGCCGCCACAAUGCUUGCCGCCGACCCGAUCCUAGUGGAGGAGGAGCCCGCAGCAGGAGCAACAGCACUGGACUCGCUAGCCGCGGCGCGGGAGAAGGCCAACAAGGAGCACGAGGAGGUUCUUGCAACAGCUCAUGCUCGCCUCAACGAGAACAACGAGCUAGUCAGCAGCUACUCCUCCCAACUCCAGGCGCUGCGCACAAAGCUGGAGGAGCAGGCCAAGGCCGCGGAGGACGCGGCAGCGACGUCGACGCGGCAGGAGAAGGAGCUCAAUUCCGCCAAGGAAAAGAGCGCCCAUCUCGAGUCCGAAUUGUCCACCGCCCGGGGUGAGCUCGUCAAGGCGGGCGAGGACAACGUGAGCAAGGCCAAGGAGAUCGGGCGGCUCGCGGAACUCCUCCGCAAGGCCAAACACGCAUCUGUCUCGAAUCAGUCUGACUUUUUCUUCGGCGUCCUUUAUCAGAUCAGGGCCGAAUAG